ACAUAAAAGAGGAGCUUACAGUACUCCUUGAUGUGGAUAACUAUGACCUGGAUGAAUAAUCUCUACAGAUAUUUACACAGAACAACUCUACAAAGCACCUACAGUUUUUACUCAGAGACAAACAGUUUUUUAGAAAUAUUUCUGCCACUGACGUUCAUUAAUUUGUAGCUGUACUUUAAAAUGGAAGCAAGAGGUGACGGAGAACACAACCACGAAGAUCGUGUGAAUAUUAUAGUGAUUUUACCAGGGGAUGAAGUUAAUAUCCACAUCAUUGAACAGCUGCAGGAUCUGUGGGACGAGGGACAAGAUGAGAAUGACCUUGCUGAGGUACUGCCAUUUCUGCUAGGGGAACAUGGCAACAAUCUAAACUUUGAAGGCUAUGACAUCAUUGUCUUUGAAGACGAUGACAAUGGUGAAUACAUUGUCAACAAUGAAGAUGUUGACAACAUUGAUGACGCUGAAGACAUUGACAACGUUGAAGACUUUGAAGACAUUGACAACUUUGAAGAAGUUGAAAACAUUGAAGACUUUGAAGACAUUGGCAACAUUGAAGAAGUUGAAAAUGUUAACAACAUUGAAGACUUUGAAGACAUUGACAACAUUGAAGAAGUUGAAAACGUUUACAACAUUCAAGACGUUGAAGACAUUGACAACAUUGAAGAAGUUGAAAACAUUAACAACAUUCAAGACGUUGAAGACAUUGACAACAUUGAAUUAGUUGAAAACAUUGACAACUUUGUAGACAAUGACAACAAUGAAGUAGUUGACAACAACAAUGACGACAACAGAAGCAACCAUGACAAUGACCUCAACAACAAUGAUGAUAGCCACAAUAAAAAUGUAGAUUACAAUGCUGAAAACUACAAUAUUGGUAACAAUAAUAACAAUGCAGAAAAUGUGGGGGUUAGUGGUGGGGUUGAGGUUUACCAGUGUGUAGAAGAAGAUGACCCCCUGCCGGGAGGAUCCAGGAGGAGGUUAAGAGAGGAAGAUGGACAGAACACUGAUGACAGAAACAGGUGGUGGGAAUUUUCUGACAGCAGCACUGACUGUGAUAAUAAUACUGACAAUAAUACUGGAAAUAGCCCAGUCCAACAUGCAGGUGCUGAAACAGUUGUCGAAGAAGACCCUCUGCCUGGUCCAUCCAGGAAAAGGUUAAGAGAGCAUGAGACAGACGAAGAUGAGAGAAGUGACAAAACAAUCAAGGCUUUUUUCUGAGUUUACAGGCAAGAACUCCCUGCAGCAGAAGAGAACACCCCUUAACAAUUCUGCCACUUCCAGUGCCCCAGAGACCCAUCACCAUCACCGACACCGUCCUGCUCCCCCCCCUCCUUUUGUUCCCCCACCCCACCUCUCAACACACACUGACAGGCCACAGUACAUCUGGCAGCAAGGCUGCUUGUCUGAUGUCGUGAGCAAAACUGGCACACCCCAGGGAACUGUCCUGGCACCAUUUCUGUUCACCCUCUACACCACAGACUUCUGCUUCAACCAAGGAACUUGCCACCUCCAGAAGUUCACAGAUGACUCCUCCAUUGCCGUAUGCAUCAAAGAUAAUAAGGAGGAGGAGAACAGAGACCUGUUUGAGAGCUUUGUAGGAGGGGGCGACAGAAACAACCUGCAGCUCAACAUCAGGAAAACCAAGGAGCUGGUGAUGCAGAGGGAGACUCCUACCCCUGUCCACCAUCUCCACCCAUUAUAGAUUAAUGCCAUUAAUGGGGAGGGGGUGAAGAUGGUGGACAGUUACAAGUUCCUGUGGGUGACACUCAACAACAAACUUGUCUGGUGGGACAAAACUACAGGAAGAUACAGAGCAGGCUGUUCUUUCUGAGGAGGCUCAGGUCUUUUGAUUUGAGCACUAGGCUGCUACGGAUGUUCUGUGGUAGCCAGUGUCAUCUUCUUUGCUGUGGUGUGCUGGGGGGCGGCAUAGGGAGCUGUUGCACUAACACACUCAACAAGCUGGAGAGGAAGGACAGCUCUCUGGGGGUUUGGAAUUGGGAAGUGUAGAGGCAGUGACAGAAAAGAGGAUGAGAGGAAAGCUGAACGUGAUCAUGGACAACCCCUCUUGUUCCCUCUGAGCUGAACUGAGGCAGCUCAGGUGCUCGUUCAGCCAAAGUCUCAUCCAGCCAUGAGCCCAAAAGUGCCUGGGAGGCACCUUUGUGCCGUCAGCCAUCAGACCACCAACAGAGUAAAUCCACUCCAAAUCCUAACUGCACAACCACCUUACUUUUUGUUUAUUUAAAUUGUAUUUUUCACAACUACAUUGCACAUUAUUGUAUAUAGUAUUUGUUGAUGUAAAUUGUGUUUGUUAUUGUUAUGGCAUAGCAUUUCUAUUAUUCUAUUAUGUCAAUUACCUCCGAUUCUGUUUCUAUUCUACUUGAUCAAUAAAGAUUCAUCUUAAUCAUCUUAAUCUUAAACUAUGAUACUGAUACAGACAGAAAUGACCAAGCGCUUGCUCACAGUAGUGCUGAUCUGGCUGAAAAUGCAGGUGCUUUGGAGGGGUGAGGAAGUUGUCCAGCAGGGAGAGGAGGAAGCCGCACAACCAAGACUGUCAAGAAAGGUCAAGAGAAGAUGAUGAAGAGGUGAACAAGGGAGGCAGCAAACAUUUCAAAUGUUUAAGAAGAGACAUGGGAUGGCACUUACUGACAGAAUUCAGUCACAGCCAUCACACUUGCUUGAGUGAGUAACAUGACAGUGAAAGUUAUGCCUUCUGAUGGCCUUGAAAAACUGAUGCUGCAUAUGAUGGGACAAAGAACUGCACUUAGCUUAAUUAACUGAGAAACUUUUUGGCACCCAUUACAGUUCUGCUUUCUUAAACGUUAAUGUGAUGCUUAUCUACUUGUUUCAUGCAAGUUACUACAUUUACUAUUAACUGGAACUAAUUGUUCUCAUACUUAUUAUGGACGUGGUACACAAGAGGCACGCCACAUGAUCCAGACUGUAUAGAACCUUUUGGAUUUGAAUUAUGAAAAUAAAAAAAACAUGGUGACAGAC